AUGCACGCGGGGCUCCUGGGGCUCUCGGUCCUGCUGCAGGCUGCUGAUCAGAGCGCGCGCCUCUGCGCCAUGGUUUACUACUUCACCACGGGACGGCUCCUAUCGGGGUGGCUGGCCCUUUCCAUCCUCCUGCCUGGCUUCUUGGUACAGGGCCUGAGCUACUUGUGGUUCCGAGCAGACGGGCAUCAAGGGCAUUACUCACUGGUGACACUGCACAUGCUACAGCUUGGCAUUUGGAAGCGGCACUGGGACGCUGCACAAACAGCUCUGUCAAAGGAGCAGGAUGCCCCCUGUCUGGGCCAGCUGUGGCUACAGGAGGCGGACCUAUCAGCCCUGCGCCUCUUGGAGAGCCUGCUGCAGACAGGGCCGCACCUGCUGCUGCAGACAUAUGUCUUCCUGGCCUCAGAUUUCAAGGCCAUUGUGCCAGGGGUGAGUGCCCUCCUCUCCUGGUCCUCUCUGUCCUGGGCCCUAGUGUCCUACACUCACUUCCUGGGUUUCGUGAAGCCAAGCCCCCUGGCCACACCGUGCGCUGCGCUCUUCUGUCAGCAGCUCUGGAGGAUGGGCAUGCUGGGGACCCGUGUCCUGAGCCUGGCUCUGUUCUGUAGAGCUUACCACAUUUGGGUUUUGGUUGUUGGAGGUGCCCACUGGCUGGUGAUGACCUUCUGGCUUGUCGCCCAGCAGAGUGAUAUCGUCGACAGCACCUGCCGCUGGAGGCUGUUCAACCUGCUUGUGGGGGCUGUGUACAUCCUCUGCUACCUCAACUUCUGGGACAGCCCUUCCAGAAAUAGGAUGGUCACAUUCUACAUGGUGAUGCUGCUGGAGAAUGUUAUCCUUCUGCUGUUGGCCACUGACUUUCUCCAGGAGGCACCGUGGACUGGCCUGUGCACUAUCGCAGGGGUCCUGUCUGGAUUUCUGAUUGGCAGCAUCUCCCUGGUAAUUUAUUACAGCCUGCUGCAUCCAAAAUCCACAGACAUCUGGCAGGGCUUCCUAAGGAAAUCCUGUGGCAUUGCAAGGAAUGAUAAAACAGAGAGAGAAUCUUCUGCCCGGGCCGAGGCCUCAGCAGUGAGGAGAACCCAGGACUUGGUCCCAUGCCAAGUGGAAGGUCACAAGCUAACACCUUUGGGGAAGCCCCACAGCCCAGAGCAGGGCUCUCCAGAGGCCAGACUGGGGAGCCUCACUGCCGAAGAGGACUCUUUCUUCCAUCACCACCACUGGCUGUUGGUGAAACUUGCCCUAAAAACAGGAAAUGUGUCUAAGAUCAAUGCAGGCUUUGGAGAUGAUAGCCCUGACUUCUCCUGUCCACCUGCUAGGGAGCUGAGUCAACACCAGAGUGUGCAGAGGAAGCCCCUGUUUUCCCAGCAGGUGCCUCCAUCCUCACCCUGUGACCCCCCAACUUUAGGGAAGAGUUCUGAGUUUGAAGUUGUCCCUAAAGCACAUGCUGACCCUCUGGAAACCUCAAGUUAUGUCUCUUUUGCCAGCUAUCGUCAGGACAAAGUGCCUUCCCAGGGACCAUCAGCUGCACAGGAAGCAGGCAGCCCCAAUGGGGGAGCUGAGCCUGGUUCUACAACACAGGGGUGGGGACCUGGUGGGCAGCUGUGGACAGGGGCAAAGCAGGAGGGCUCAACAUUGUACUUCAGUGCCACCACGGAAGGGGCUGUUUCCACCUGCCAAGAAGGCAGCCCAGGCACUGUGCAGAUGGCCCUCUAUAGGAGGAGUUCAGGGCAGGACAGCCCUGCCCAACCUGUCUGGCCUCAGUCUGUCACGAAGCCCUUUCCCAUCACUAUGGCCAACAUCAGCCCCAUCCUCGGCCCAGGCAGAUGCUUCUGCCCCAGUGCAGACUUCAAUGGGAGAGCACUAGGUAGCUCAGAGCAUGGGCAGUGUCAGGAGCUCACAAGGGACUUCAAUCAUCAUGCCCCUGUGGGCCAGGGGAGGUCACUGCCAAAGAUGAGGUCUGCCGAAGAGCCCUGCUUCACGUCCACCCCCAAGUCUGAGUCCAUCCAGAGGGGCUGUAGCUGCAGAGAAGAGAUGAAGCAUGAGACAAGUUUUUUCAUCUGA